AUGGCGGCCCGUGUGGUGAUCCCGCGGCUGCGGUCCAUCAGCGCAGAGGUGGAGGGUCAGGGCACCUUCAUCAGCUCGGUCAUUAACCUUGCAGCCUCGGCGAUGGGUUGCGGCGUUCUCGCGCUGCCUCGGAGCUUCGCGAUCUGCGGAGUGAGAUGGUCAAUGGCCUUCCUCGUGAUCUUCUCAAUGUGGGUCGAGAUGUCGUUGCGUUGGCUCGUGGCAUGCGGGCGCUUCAGCGGGAAGCGCGGUUUCAAGGAGAAUGCGCAACAUUUUCUGGGUACAGGAGCUGCCAAAGCAGUUCAUUUUUGCCAGAUUCUGCUGCUGUGCGGCGGCAUUGUCACAGUUUUCGUCACUGCAGCCUCCCUCCUGGGCUGCAGCGCUCGCGAGAUGUUGGCGAGCAUUUGUACAGAGGAGGACCCCCGUAGCGGCGCGCCCCUGCGCCGCCUCUGCCGGGCGCACCCCGCGCCGUGCAUGCCCAAGGAGCGGGUUCUGCUUCUCAUCUCGCUGGCCGUAUUUCCCCUGGCUUGCCAAAAAAGUUUACACUCUUUGACGUGCAUAUCGAUGCUUAGCUUCCUGUGUUUGUCGUACUUCUUUGUCGUCCUGAUUUGGCGACUGACGUCACAGGCGCUGUUUGGUGUUGCCACUCCCUGGCCUGAGCCCAUCGCGCAGGUGGAUUCAAACCUCUUCUGGCAGGGCCCUCCUGUGCUGUUAAUGUCACUGCUGUGCCAUACGACCAUGAUGCAGCUGGACACCGAGCUCUCGGGCGACGCCAAGCCCAAGGCCGGUGCCGUGAUCCGCCUAGUGGUCCUGGGCUUGUCCAUGCCCUGCUACGCCCUCGUCGGCGUGGGAGGCCUCUACCUCCAUGGAAGUGGGGUGUCCUCCAACGUCCUUGAGGACUUCGUCCUGGACCCUUGGAUGGCCUUUGCGCGCCUCACGCUCGGGCUGAUGAACGUUGCCAAACUGGCGACGGCGGUCAUCACGCUCCGAGAGGCGCUGGCCGCCAGUUUGGGUGCCAGGUGGCGACGCUUUCUGCGUGGCAGCCCUGGUCGCGCCGUCUCCGCGGCCGCCGCGUUGGCGGGCGGAGCGGUGGCCGCCCAGGCUCUGGGCUCCCUCUCCAAGGUGCUGUCCCUGCUGGGUUGCACACUGGGCGUGCUCUUCAGCCUCUGCCUCCCGGCAGCGCUCUACGCCUCGCUGCUCCGCGACGUGGCUGCUUCGAGGCAGCACAAGAAGAGGGGCCCACAACUGGAGAUUCCCGACAUGGACUUCAGUUUGGCUCAAGCCAGCGUCUCCUAUCCUGACAUCAGAGUCCGCGAGGUCCGCGAGGCGAUGAACGGCACUCUCUCCGGAUGCAGAGAAGUGCGAGACUACCGCAGGUACCGACCAGACUAUGGGGAUGACAACCGGAAGUGCCCAAGUGCUUCCGUUUGGUGCGAAUACACGGGAUGGAAAGGGGGGCACUGGCACUACAGAAUCUGUUCAGGUUGCACGAAGCCUACAACGGGCAUACCAGAUUGUUUCAGCGACUCCGCUCAAGUGGGACAAGAUUGCGUCGCUGCCACAAACCAUUGCAUCUGCAAGAAGGCCGCUGUGGGAUACACCUCUUGCGAAAAGGACGUACGGCACUUCACGGCCUACAAGAAGUGCUGCGGGACAGGGUUCGAAGACUGCCGACCUUGCUUGGACGAGAACCGAGACUGCUCAAGGAAACAUUAUGAUCCAUGCCUCCUCAACAAGGUGGAACAGUAUGGCGACUGA